UUAAAAAAAAAAAACAAAAAGAAAGUGAAUUAAUAAUGUGUUAUGAUUUUAUUGUGAAAAUGUUUGAAAGGGAUAAAUUACAAAUGCGAAUAAUACAAUAUAGUUAAAACAAUUAUCAUCAUUAGAAUUAACAAAAAAAAAAAUUGUAUGUUUUUCAAAUACAAUGUAUAGAAAAAUGUGAAUUUGAGAUCCAUGGUUAAGUACCAGAGCCCUCUUAGGAUUUUCAAUCCUAGGGCUGUACAAAUUACAAACCUACCUGCAUAUCCUACUAAAAAGGGUCCUCCACUAUUUCUACUGAUGAUGCGAAUAAAUUUGAAAGUAGCAUUAUUAUGUAUGUGUACAGCAGUGUUUUUAAUAACUUUAUCAUUAUGGACUAAAUGUGGGGGAAUUGGAGGUAGUUCUACAACAUAUGCGUCAUCGUCAUCAUCAUCUUCAUCUUCAUCAUCAUCUGCAGCGAUUGUCUCAAGAUUAAGUGGCUCAAUAUUUCCACAACAAGACAAUCAAGAAAUUCAUGAGAUUGAAUGUCAUAUUAAUGGCGAAUAUACAAUUGGAUGUCGUAAGGAAGGUGAUGAAGUUUAUGUCCCUUUUUCAUUCCUUCAUCGAUAUUUCGAAAUAUAUGGAAAAAUAACAAACAAUGACGGAUAUGAACGAUUCGAAUGGGCUCACAGCCAUAGUAAAGUGUAUCGCCCAAAGGGAAAAUAUGAUCCUCGUGGUGUGUUCAUGUUCUUUGAAAACUAUAAUGUUGAACCACGUGAUCGUGUAAAAUGUGUAAGUGGAACCGAAGGUGUACCUGUAUCUACACAAUGGGAAGUACAAGGAUAUUAUUAUCCCACACAAAUAGCCCAAUUUGGAUUGUCACAUUAUAGUAAAAAUUUGACAGAUCCAGAACCAAGCCGUAAAGUAAUCGAAGAUAGUGAUCACAAGUACGCAAAAUGGACUGUACCAAUCGGUGCUACCAUAAAUCGUACUGAUAAACAUUCAUGGACUCAUUAUCUUGAAUUUACAACGCCUGAAUCACUUUCAAGUGCUGUGACAUUAAAACUUGAUCAUGUGUUGGAUUUUGUAUUGAGUAUGCAUGUGAAUUUAAAAGGGAAUGGCAGUAUUAGUGUGAUGUUGCAAAAUCGAGAGAAAAAGGAAAUAUUUAAUUUACAUUAUAUUACAUCGGAUGUUAUGAUUUCUAUACAGGGUGAAAAUAUAUAUCAUGGAAUUGGAUUAACAAGUGGAUGGAGAAAAAUAACACGUGAUUUAGUUGUAGACUUACAAAAAGGAUUAGCAUUACUUGAUAAACCAAAACGAAAAUUAUCUCGAUCUAAAUUAAAAGUGAUCGGAAUAUCGCUUCAUGGUAUGGGUGCUAUUGACAAUCUAACUUUAUCAUCUAGUGAGCAUAUGGCUCAGUUUUAUGAUGCUGCUCGCUGGUUUGUUAAACAUCAAGAUCCUACGACAGGAGGUUGGGCAAAUCCAGUUAGACGCCGUGUAGCUCUAGGAUUUGGGGAUCUUGAACCUGGAUGGUAUUCAGCAAUGGGGCAAGGGCAUGCCAUUUCGGUUUUAUCCAGAGCAUAUUACCAUUCUGGUGACAAACAAUAUUUGCGUGCAGCAAUUGAAGGGUUGCGUCCAUUUCGUAUACCAAGUUGGCAGGGUGGUGUUUUAGCCACGUUUCUUGGAAAGUAUGCUUGGUAUGAAGAGUAUCCAACAAAACCAGCAUCGUUUGUUUUAAAUGGUUUUAUUUAUUCUUUGUUGGGUUUGUAUGAUUUAAAAAGCAUCGCUCCCGUUGGUCAAGCUAAAGAAGCAAAUUUAUUGUUUGAACAAGGUUGGUCAUCUUUGAAAGGUAUGUUGUUAUUAUAUGAUACUGGCUCAGGGACAACAUACGAUUUACGUCAUUUUACACUUGGUAUUGCACCAAAUUUAGCUCGUUGGGAUUAUCAUGCUACACAUGUUAAUCAAUUACUAUUUCUUGCCACUAUUGAUAAUGACCCUUUAAUUAAAAAUACAGCAGAACGAUGGUUAGAUUAUAUGAGUGGAAAAAGAGCGUCUCACAAUUGAAUAGCGAUUGAAAUUUCAUUUUCUACUCGUGUGGUUUAAAAUUGGAAAAUGUAAUUUUCCAUUUUUCUCAAAAUUGUUCAAGGUUUUGGAUAAAAAGUAAAAUCUUUCUUAAGAUAAGAAGUAAAAACUUUCUUAAGAGU